CGUAGAGCAUCCUUUUUAGCAGCAACGACAACAACAACAUGAGUACGCCAGCAACACCGAGAAUACAAUUCAAAAGCCUUAGGGGUUUUCCGCCGACAACGUCGAACGCGGAGGAAAAAGUGGAAACAUUGCUAUUUAUAAAUGCAGCGAAGGAAGUUGUAGCCGUAAUUGAAACUUUUGGCAAACUAUUUACGCCCGUGAUUACCGACAUGAAUGGCAAUAUUAAUAAACUAACAAAAGCAUACAACGUGGAUCCGCUGAAAUAUAAAUAUCUGGAGGAUUUGAUAAUAUUAAACGUGGACAUGGAUAACUUUGCGGCGAAUGCGCUACUGUGGUUAAAGCGCGGCCUGCAACUGAUUUGCACAUUCUUCGAGAACAUCUACAACGAUGCACAAAACAAGGAAACGCUCAAGCAGCAUCUACAAGAUGCCUAUGAGCGAACACUAAAGCCCUACCAUGGAUUCAUUGUUCAGAGUACGAUUAAGAUCAUUUACAGCUGGGUGCCCACUCGUAGUCAACUCCUCGGCCAGGGCGCCGCUCAUGAUGAGAACAUACAGACGCUUUCCAGCUAUUUGCCCACAAUGCGCGACCAUCUGGACCGGAUCGAUGCCCUACUCAAGGCACACAACUUGGACGAUGAGCGCAAAGUGUAACGAACAUGGAUCUGCCUAUAUAUUAAUCCCUACACUACUGCCCCUAGACACUAGUUGUAUGUGUAACCCCAAAGCUUAGCUUUUUUAAAUUUUAUUUUAUGUAUUGUACUGUACUUAAGUCUAAGACAUUAUCUGCAAGCAUCCGCUUGCACACAUAACUCAAUAGCCUGAGGAGGCCAGUAGUAAACACAUUUUCUUAUAGUCAGCAGCAAUAA